UCAACAACGUGUUCGAGCGAGCGUUCUGAGAUUGACCGAUUGAUUGCCCGGUAGGAUUCAAGUGGCUUAACGUCUGCCAGGUGGUAUCGCGGUGUGUUUGUGGUGCACAUUUGCUGCUUUUGUCCCAGGAAGGAUAGCCUAUCUGCCGGUGCUGAUCUUCAGAAUCCGAUAGUGACGGCGAACGAUGGUGACGAAUGGAAUAGUGAAUAAUUUACACUUCUAAACACCGCACCAGCAGCAGCAACAGCGAGGUGAUUGAUCAUUGCAUGUGUGCAACCGAGUGAAAUUGGCGCGCUAACCAAAGGAGUCAGAAAUAGUUUAUGUUUAAUUAGGUUCACAAUUGAAUCAGUGCAGGAUAAUCAUGAAACGAGUAAUGCUUCAAAUAACUCUGUGGAUGGUGCUUUUGGAUUCUAGUUUGGUGAUGGGAAAAGCGAUCAAUGGCAAGACGAAAUCGAACUCGAUGCAUAGUCAAUCUUUGGAGGUACCUAAAUUGAUGGAAGUGCAAUACGACGACUAUCCGAUGGUGGUACCUAAGCGGGCAGCAAUGCUCUUGGACCGACUGAUGGUGGCACUGCAUCAUGCACUGGAGCGUGGCGAAGGCGAGGACGGCGGUGGUAGACCCAUCAAUAAGGUGUACCGAGAUGCCAAGUACGGUGGGCGUCCCGUUACGAACGGGAUGGUCAAGCAGAAUGGCCAGCAGCAGCAGCAGCAACAGCCCAGCAAAACGGAGCAACUUAUGAAGUCGUAUUAUGCCGAGGCAGAGGCCGGGGACUCAGAGGAAGCCAAUGUGAUACCCGAUGAGCUCGACGAGUUCGAGGGCCGCAAGGAGCUUCUGGACGAAAUGAUGGACAUCCAAACGAGAGGAACUGAGGACAAAUCGAAAAAGGGCCGAUACUGGAAGUGCUACUUCAAUGCCGUCAGCUGUUUUUGAACAAAUGAUGAUGAACAAUGAAUAGGGCUGAGACAAGUAUUAGAUCAAAACUAGUUAGUAAGUUGUACUUAAAUCGAAUAUGAAAACAAUCAAUACCAGCUAAAUCAACCGGGGGGCAUCUACAGAAGAAACAGAAAAAAAUCCGCAAACCAAGGAACAGUGGAAAGAACUGAAAUUGUUUUACAAGUAGGCUUUAAGUUUGCCAUCUGUUGUAUAAUAAAAUUAUGCACUAUCAUCCCAUAGUAGUCGCAUUA